AUGAAUUUACUUUUGGUAGAUGAUUCACAAGUAAGUUUUAAUAGCAUGGUUAGUACUUUUGAAUAAAUCUACUUUUCUGCUUGUAAUUAUCACGAAUCAGGCUAAAUCAAGAUUGAGAAGUUUGGCAGCUGUUUCAUUGCAGUAUUUAUUGAAAGAAAUACAUGA